UGGCGUAACCGACUUUGUAUUCACAUAAUAUUUUCAAACAAAAACUUUAUUGAAUUUAAAUUAGAAAGUGUAGUGUUUACGCGCGAUUUUACGCGCCAUUUUGGUGGAAGUGUCAAUUUCAAAUUUCGAGUGAGUGUUAUCUGUGGCUAACCUUUGGAAUUCUCGGAUUCUUAUAAAAUGGCGGCAUCAAACAAUGUGCGGUCGGAUAAAUUACGGCAGAUGUUCAGCUGGACGGGAGAAACCUCGCCUCCGCCGCUGGGCGAUGAAAAGGAUCCCAAAAUGAGUCAGCUCCACUUCUCACCGGCAUUAGACAAGAAUAAUACGAUAUUGGAGAAGCGUCAGGAGGCUGCAGUGUGCGUUCGGCACGCGUUCAAGCAUUACGGGUCCAACAAACGGCCGAACCAUGUACUUAGCAACCUUGAUAUGACUGUGAAAAAGGGAACUAUAUAUGGUCUCCUUGGUGCCUCCGGAUGUGGAAAAACUACACUCCUCUCGUGUAUAGUGGGGCGACGGAAACUGAACAGUGGCGAGAUAUGGGUGCUGGGAGGAAAACCCGGAACCAAAGGUUCUGGUGUCCCGGGUAAGCGCGUGGGUUACAUGCCCCAGGAGAUAGCGCUGUACGGAGAGUUCACCAUCAAGGAGACCAUGAUGUACUUCGGCUGGAUCUUCGGUAUGGAGACCAGUGAAAUUAAACAGAGGUUGCGCUUCCUUCUAGAUUUCCUCGAUCUGCCCAGUGAGAACAGAAUGGUUAAGAACUUGAGUGGUGGUCAACAAAGACGAGUGUCGUUCGCUGUGGCCCUCAUGCACGACCCUGAGCUGCUCAUCCUGGAUGAACCCACAGUCGGAGUGGACCCCCUGCUGCGGCAGUCGAUCUGGACCCAUCUGGUCAGGAUCACCAGCUCCGGAGACAAGACGGUCAUCAUCACAACACAUUAUAUAGAGGAAGCCAGGCAGGCGCAUUGUAUCGGGUUGAUGCGUAGCGGGAGACUCCUAGCUGAAGAUCCACCUCAAGCGCUUCUCCAGCGAUAUGGCUGUAUUUCCUUGGAGGAUGUCUUCCUCAAGCUCUCCAGAAGACAAGGUCAAACCAAUCAAGUUGUGGAACUGAACGUGUCUGGAGGCCUGGGGCUAAACAAGAUGUCGAAGAGAGAGGAGGCUCCGUACGCGGUGGAAGACGCCCAGGUCGUGGGACUGAACUUCCACCAGAGCAAGGAGGUGCUUAUCAUGGACCACGGACCCGGCUCCAACGGAGAUCUUCCUGGAAAAGUGUCGGAGGCUGUCGCGUCCGAAUGUACCAACUGCACUGGGAGAUUCAGUUUCACGUCCCGCGGCAAGAUAAAGGCUUUGAUCCAGAAGAACUUCCUCCGGAUGUGGCGCAACAUCGGUGUGAUGCUGUUCAUCUUCGCGCUCCCCGUGAUGCAGGUUAUACUCUUCUGUCUGGCCAUCGGCAGGGAUCCCAGCGGUCUCAAACUGGCUAUAGUUAACCAUGACGUGAACGUAUUCGACGGUUACUGCCCCUAUAACACAUCCUGCUCCAUGAAGAACCUGUCCUGCCGGUACCUCGACCACCUUAAGAACGGCUCCAUCAUCAAGAACUACUACGCUGACCUCAGCGAUGCCACGCACGCGGUGCAACAAGGGGACGCAUGGGGAGUUAUCUACUUCAACGAGAACUAUACUGACUCUCUUGUGGCUAGGUUGGCUUUAGGUGACAUCGCGGAUAAUGAGACGAUUGCGUCCUCCGAGAUCGAGGUGUGGCUCGACAUGUCCAACCAGCAGAUCGGACUCAUGCUGAACCGGGACAUUCAGUUCAGUUACAGAGACUUUGCCAAGGACUUACUGUCAACUUGCCAAUACAAUCCGAAAGUGGGAGACAUCCCGAUCGACUUUAAGGACCCGAUCUACGGCGACAACAAUCCUUCGUUCACGGACUUUGUGGCACCCGGAGUCAUACUCACGAUCGUGUUCUUCUUGGCCGUGGCGUUGACCUCGUCGGCGCUGAUCGUGGAACGUAUGGAGGGUCUACUGGACCGCUCGUGGGUGGCGGGCGUGUCUCCCGGGGAGAUCCUGUUCUCGCACGUGGUCACCCAGUUCGUGGUGAUGUGUGGCCAGACGGCGCUCGUGCUGGUCUUCAUGAUCCUGGUGUUCGGGGUCAAGUGCAACGGCAACAUCGCCUUCGUGGUCAUGCUCACGUUGCUGCAAGGUCUUUGCGGAAUGUGCUUCGGUUUUGUAAUCUCCGCCGCCUGCGAGUUAGAACGGAACGCGAUCCAGCUUGCCUUGGGUUCCUUCUACCCGACCUUACUGCUGAGCGGCGUUAUCUGGCCCAUCGAAGGCAUGCCCUGGAUCCUGCGCUACGUCUCUCUCUGUCUCCCUCUCACCCUCGCCACGUCUUCCCUUCGAUCCAUCCUCACCAGGGGCUGGCCCAUCACAGACCCCGAGGUUUACAUGGGUUUCGUUUCAACUAUUUCAUGGAUUCUACUAUUCUUAGUGGUAACAAUAACAAUUCUAAGGUUCAAACGAGGUUAAAUUUAAAUUUUAUUUAUUAUUUAUUCUGCUUCUGGGUUGCCUCUGUUCACUUUUUAUAUCUGGCAACCCAUCUCGACUUUCUAAUAGACUUUAUAUAACAAGUUUGCUCAAUUUACUAGCGAUUCGUGUGCUAUUUGUAAUUGGAAGUAGGGUGUGUCCCCAAUGUGUGAAAUUUUUCCCAUUUCGGGUGUUUAUUCCAAACAAUAUUUUUACAUACUAUUCGAUUGAUUGUAAUAUCCAUAAUGUAACCAUUGCUUCAGAUACUGUACGUACUGAUGUAUAAGUACUAUCCAGUCAAUGAUAACUUUGACCCUAGAAUAGCUAAAAUGUAAAUAGUAGAAUAUUAAUAGUACUUAGCUAAGGUAGUUGGGAUGUUAGCAAUUAUGAUUGGUCCAAACUUUGGGUGUUUUUAUUUCUGGUGGACUGUAUUGUCUAUGUCGCGAUACCUGAUGAAGUUACCAUAGAUUUAGAUGAUGCCAUAAGGCAUUGACAGAACAAAGCUUUACGUAUAUUGUUUCUAAUAAAUUCUAUUUCUAAAUAUUGAAGUCUGUUACUGAGACGCAAAUAAGAAAAAUUAACAAUGUCAUUACUGAAAGUCAAAAAUAUUUUAAUUACCUUGAUUUUAAUAGGGUGAAUAGUUAAAAAGUCAAAAUACGUUCAGUGAUAUGUUGAUCUAUUAUUUCUUAUUUUGUUUAAAUAAAUAAAAAAACAAACAUAUCCCAUUGCAAUAGCAAACUUUAUUUAGAUAUGUCUUUAAUAUCUUUUACCAAUUGUAUUUUAUUUCAAAUUGUUCUCUAAGUAGAGAUUACAAUUGUAAUCAAUUUGAGACUUAUCAUAGUUAUCCACAGGUAUUUAAAAUCCUUAUCUUUUCUUAAAAAUGUCAUUAAUAUUUUUUUAUUCGUAGAUUAAAUACGGUGUAUAAUAUGUAGUUAUAAGUGUAAAAUAGAAAUUAUGUUGUGUUUAGCACUGGCAACAUUGUAAUUGCCUCGUUAUACAGACCUCUAUAAUUUAUACGAUGGACCGGUUUUUGCCACCGCUAUAAUGAUUUCGGUCGAUUGACUUUACUACAGUUCAUUGAUUGUACUUGGAACUAAUACGUCAGUUGACUAUAAAAACUGUUUUAUUGAGAACUCGGCACGAACAAUAUAAUGUCUCCUUUGUACGUGAUCUCCAGCGCAUAAAUUAUAGGUGACUUUAGAGUUACAAGUUUGAUACGGUUUGAAUGUGAACGGCAAUCAAUGUGUAAUAAGUUUAUUCGUAGCGAAGUCGCCGACUGUGAUUAUUUUUGCUAACAUUGACAUUUUUGUAAUGACAAUUAUAUACAAUAAUACUGUACCAAAUAA